AUUGACAUAGCACUCUAAGGUUUGCAAAACGCUUUAAGAGGAUUGUUUCAUCUGGCGGUCGGAACCACCCUAGGAGUUAGGCACGUAGUGGGUGCUGUAGAAUCCUAUCCCAACAUUCUUUUGGGGUAGCAGUGUUCUGUUUGUAGGGAGGGGAGAGUUAGGUGAUGUAGGGUUCUGUUAGGGCUUAUAAAGGACGUUUUUCUUUUUGAAAUGGGGGGGGGGGAAGAAAAGCUCUAUAAACUACUGAAGGGUAUUUGAAGAAUACUCAGUGUAAAGUAACUUUGAUUGCCCAAGUAUUUGAGUACAAGCUAAUAGUUUAUCUCUGAAGAAAGAAAGUUAGAUUUGAAUCCAGAGGAUUCAAGUUCAAAUUCUGAUUGGGCCAUUUACUUCUUCUGUUAUCCUGGGUGUCACCAGGGGUUUGGGGGAGAGAGCAUAAGAAGGUGAAUAAUACAGGGCAAUCUAUACUGGUUGGCGUUUAGAAGAACUUUUGUGGUCAAGGAGGCUUCACAGAGGAGAAAGAUGGAGACUGUGAUGCUGAAUCUGCGAAAUCCGUUUGAGCAGAUUGUACGCCAGGCGGAGAUUCUCAAUGAAGGAAAUGAACUCCAAUUUAUCCAGUUGGCAAAGACUUUUGAAGACUUUCGCAAGAAAUGGCAAAGGACGGAACAUGAAUUGGGAAAAUACAAGGAUCUUUUGAUGAAAGCAGAGACAGAACGUAGUGCUCUAGAUGUGAAACUGAAACAUGCAAGAAAUCAGGUAGAUGUGGAGAUCAAACGGAGACAACGAGCGGAAGCUGACUGCGAAAAGCUGGAACGACAGAUUCAGCUGAUUCGGGAGCUGCUCAUGUGUGAUGCAUCUGGCAGUAUUCAACUAAGCGAGGAACAAAAAUCCGCCCUGGCUUUCCUCAACAGGGGCCAGCAAUCCACUGGCAAUGCUGGGAACAAAAGACUGUCAACCAUUGAUGAGUCCGGAUCCAUUUUAUCAGAUAUCAGCUUUGACAAGACUGAUGAAUCCCUGGAUUGGGAUUCUUCUAUGGUGAAGACAUUAAGGCUGAAGAAGAGAGAAAAGAGGCGUUCCAACAGCCGACAAUUUAUAGAAGGUCCACCAGGACCAAUAAAGAAAACUCGUUCCAUUGGUUCUACGAUAGACCAGGGGAAUGAAUCCAUAGUUGCAAAAACCACAGUCACUGUUCCCAAUGAUGGUGGCCCUAUUGAAGCAAUAUCCACUAUUGAAACUGUGCCCUAUUGGACAAGAAGCCGAAGGAAAACAGGUACUUUACAGCCUUGGAACAGUGACUCUACACUGGCUAGCAGGCAGCUGGAGUCCAGGGCGGAGACUGACAGUUCAAGUACUCCACAAAAUAAUGGAGGCAUGCGCUUGCAUGACUUUGUUUCUAAGACGGUUAUUAAACCAGAGUCAUGUGUUCCUUGUGGAAAGAGGAUAAAGUUUGGAAAAUUGUCCUUAAAGUGCCGAGACUGUCGAGUGGUGGCUCAUCCAGAAUGCCGGGACCGUUGUCCCCUUCCUUGCAUUCCAACACUGACAGGCACACCUGUCAGAAUUGGAGAGGGCACUCUGGCUGACUUUGUGUCCCUGACUUCACCAAUGAUCCCCUCUAUUAUUGUCCAUUGUGUAAAUGAGAUUGAACAACGAGGGUUGAAUGAGGCAGGUCUCUAUAGGAUCUCAGGUUGUGACCGGACAGUAAAAGAGUUGAAAGAGAAGUUCCUUCGAGCAAAAACUGUGCCCCUUCUCAGCAAAGUAGAUGACAUCCAUGCUAUAUGUGGCCUCCUUAAAGACUUUCUUCGGAACCUGAAGGAACCUCUUCUGACCUUUCGGUUAAAUAAAACCUUUAUGGAAGCAGCAGAAAUCGCAGAUGAGGACAACAGCAUAGCUGCCAUGUACCAGGCUAUUGGUGAACUCCCCCAGGCCAACAGGGACACAUUAGCUUUCCUCAUGAUACACUUGCAGAGAGUCGCUCAGAGCUCCAGCACUAAAAUGGAUGUUGCCAAUCUGGCCAAAGUCUUUGGUCCUACAAUAGUUGCUCAUGCAGUACCCAAUCCUGACCCUAUGACAAUACUACAGGAUACCAAACGUCAGCCCAAGGUGGUAGAGCGCCUGCUUUCUCUGCCACUGGAAUACUGGAGUCGGUUCAUGAUGGUAGAACAGGAGAAUAUUGACCCAAUACAUGGCAUCGAAAACUCCAAUGCCUUUUCUACACCAAAGACACCUGAUGUUAAAGUGAGUGUAUUAGGACCUCUGACUACUCCUGAGCAGCAACUCAUGAAGACUCCUUCAUCCAGUUCACUCUCCCAGAGAGUUCGCUCUACUAUCAGUAAGAAUACACCCAAGUUUGGAAGCAAGAGCAAGUCUACUACCACCCUGGGACGUCAGGGCAACUUUUUUGCCUCUCCAAUGCUCAAAUGAAGUCACUCUCUAGCUUUGUUUCUUUCCUGGCAUUUACACUCUGCAAGAAAAGCCCACACCUAUACACUCUGUUUUGUAGCCUCCUGUACUUGCUAUUACUUUAUCAUUUUCCAGGCUUUUGAUUAAAUGUAAUUGUGCAUGGAAUUUUUAUUAAGAUGUAAUAUAUAUAUAUAUAUAUAUACACACACACACACACACCUAGAUAUCCUCAGUUGAAGUAGUAACACCUAAUAUUGGUAGUUUUUGUUAACUUUUAAGUGAGAGAAGAUCUGGGCAGGGGUGGGAGUUGAAUGGAUUCUUUAGAAAAUAUUAGGUGGGUUUUUUUUAUUUUUUAAGCUCCCUUUUGGUUUAAAGUUUAAAUGCUGCCCAUGAAAUGACCCAGUUGUCCCAAAAUUUUUAAAGAGGUAUUUUCUUGUGGUAGUGGCAAGAAAUCUCUUUGACAAGACUGGCUUGUCUUAGGGGAAAGUGAAAGCAGGGGGACUAUAGGAUGUCAUCUUCAGCAAACAUUAAAAUUUCCUUUACCACCACACCUGACCUGAACAUAAUAGUUUGGUGUGCCAGUUAGAAAUAUAGUAUGCUUGGCUUAACAUGAAUUGAUUAGCUAUUGAUAUUAAGUGGGCACAGCCUUGUAAAUAUGAUACUAAAGCUUAUAUUUAUGUCUGGUACAUGACUGGAAGUUGGGGUCAAAGCCAGUCUGUUUUUAAAAGUGAAUUUCUGCUGGUACUUGACCUUCACUUUGUGUAAAGGGACCUCCUUUUUGGAAGUUGAUAAACUUUCUGUUGUGUGUCUUACCUGAUGGUCAAGAGAGUAGAAUUUAAAGUGAGUAUUAGCACAGCUUUAUAUGUCAGAGUAAGCACUGGUCAUUUUUUUUCUUUGCACUUUGGAUGCUGGGAUUUGCCCCUGGAACAUGUAUAUAUAUCCCCAGGGUUUUUCUUCAAAAGAUCUAUCCCGAUAUUUGUAAAAAUGGUUUCUUUUUUAUCCAUAUCUCAAAAACUGUAUUGACCCUUGUCUGUCAAACUUAGCUAUUUGGAAUGAAAACUUUGGGAAAAAAAGUAAACUGCUUUUUCAUUAUGAACAUGGAGUUUGUUUAUUUUCAAAGCCCUCUUUUUUAAUGUUAUUUUUUAUUAAUAUCUUUUUCAUCACAUUAAUUUCCAAAUAUAUUCCUCCUUCUUUCCCCUCCUUCACCAAUGAGCCAUUCCUUGUAACAAAGAUUAAAAAGGUUGUUCAGCACAAUUAACCAGAUCGGCCAUGCCUUACAACAUUCAUAUUAUUCCAUGCUCUUCAGGGACAACUGGUCAUAAUUGUACAGCAUUCAGUUUGUGCUUUUUAUUGAUGUGUUGUUUUUCUCUGCUUAUGUUGUAAUCAUUGUUUCUUAAUUCUAUCAGUCUCCCCAUGCUUCUCUGAAUUCUCCUUACGUAUUGUUUUUUUUAGUGUGGUGAUAUUACAUUUGUGUGCUACAACUUGUCUAAUCAUUCUCCAGUCGGGCACCUCCUUUGAUUCCAAUCCUUUGUCAACAUAAAGAGUGCUCCUCUGGCUUCUGGUGUAUAUUGGUACCUUUUUUUUUUUUUUGGUCUAAAAACCUUUCUAUAAAAGGUCUUUUU